UGUGACGUUGAAUAAGCUCCGAACGUCCGUUAGUCAUCGCGAUCAUUAAAGUGAAACCUCGUGCCUGCAUGACUCGUCGGUUGUUAGUGUGGAAAACCUAAGAAGUGAAUUCACGAGUUGGAGUGUGAAGUGAUUCCAUCUGCUGACUUCUUUUCCAGCAGAAAAUUAUCAUGGCGUUGGCUCCGAAAGGUAAACUCAUCGCUGUCAUCGGUGAUGAGGAUACUUGCGUUGGAUUCCUUUUGGGCGGAAUCGGUGAGCUUAAUCGGAAUCGUCAACCGAACUUCCUAGUGGUGGAUAAAAAGAAAGAACUGUGCUACGAGAUUUAUGCGCGUAGAAUGAAGCGAAAAACUCUUCGGGAAAUAUGGACUACUGGAUCCAAACUCGACUUCGUCGUGACAUCCGCCGAGAUGGCUUUGAGUUCACCCGGACCGGAAGCGCAUCAAGUCGAAGUCCUAACUUGA